AUGUCUGAAAACACUGAAUCUCCAUCACAAGGCUUAACUCAGCUUUCUCAGAGCUCUAAAUAUAGUGUUGAAGAUGAGUUCUUAAGCCCUACACCUAGGAAUGACAUACAAGGUCUCAAAGAUUAUUCUAAGAUGUUCUUUUGCGAGAAGUGUAAUAAGCAUGUCAUCAAAUUUUUUCCAAGAUAUAAGGUUAAAAUUCGAGUCAUUGACUCAUCAGAUUCAACAACAUUUGUGUUGUUUGAUAGAGAUGCAACUGUCCUUCUAAACAAAGGUUGCGCAAAUAUGUUAGAAGGUCUUGAUAAGGAAUUUGCUGAAUUGGUGGAUAAAAGCUUGUUAUUUAAAGUCGAGAGUAGGAAUGAUAAGACCUUUAAACUUGAACAGUCUUUCAAAGUUAAGAAAGUAUGUUUUGAUGAUGGUAUAAUUGAUAAGUUUAAUGAUUCUGGCAUGAAGUCAAUGGAUUUGUUGAAGAAAUUUACAAAUGAAUCAACUGAUUCUAGUCCCUUAAGAUUUGAGGUACCCACAGAUAAUCCAAGCACUGAGGACUCGAACAAAACACCGAAGAUUGAAUCAGCAAAGAAGGUGCUAUCAUUGGACUCUAUUGAAGAAGACAAUAUUCCUUUGAAGGUGCUGAAGCAAAAUAUUAAAAAGGAAAAGUGA